UUUGUUUGUUUGUAAAUUUUCUAGAAAUCGAAUUUAUUUGCAAUUGUAAUUUUAAUUUUGUAAAACGUAGUGAUUUGAGACUUGACUUUAAAUUUGUUUUAUACUCAAAUAGUCAAAUCACACGGACAGGACACGUCUUUGCCCAUACAUAUUUCGUAAAGAAAUUAAUUAAUUUGUAUUUUUAAUCAUAAAAAACAAAUUGAAAAACAUGGAAGGCGUAAAGCAGGACAGUGAAGUCCAAUUGACUAUCAACAAACCAAAAAGAGUGAUCCAUUUCAGUGACGGGGUUGAGGAAGAUAUAGAGGAGGAAAAGGUGAAUGAAUUGCAAAGUGCUCCCGAACAAAAUGUAGACCCAAAAAGCCUGUCAUGGGGUCCAUGGUUUUCUUAUUACACAUGGAAGUCUGGUGUAACAGCUCUCAAUGCUGUAGAUUACGCUGGAGAGUCUCUGGCAAGUUUCUUCGGAAUCACCACUCCGAAGUACCAGAUCGAAAUAGAUGAAUAUGAGAGGCUGCAGGAAGAGAAACGGCAAAUGGAUGAAGAGUCCGCUGGAUGGGUGCCGAAGAAUGUGGGUGGAGAUAUACCCCUAGUUAUGAGUGAGCCGUCAAAAGUUCAUAAGCCUGAACCUGUUUGAUUGAAGGCCUAUUUGUGUUUGGACUGCUGUACUGAAGUGUACUAAAUACCAGCCAGUGCAGAUAUUGGCCAAGUGGCCAAGUAAAUUUUAUUCUUAAUGUUCAAUUUCAAUGAUAAUAUUUGGAUGCAAUCUUUAUGAUGUCCAAUAUCAGCUAAGGAUGAUGCUUCGCGCUGGUCAUAGAUAAAGCCAAGACAUGUUAUCCCUCCCCCCCUAAGUUACCGAUGACAUCUGAAAUGUAAUAUACUUCAGCUUAACACAUGGUGUUCCAAAACGUCAUAUACUUUGCAUGCCUACCUAAUUUCAGAUGCAUAUUUAUUGUUCUAGACUUAUUUUAAUACCUCUACCUUCACAAUAUAUCUUGGACAUGUUUUCCCAUCAGAUUUAAUCUGGAUGAUCAAUGUACUUUACUUUGUUUUGGGGGUCUUGUCUCAUUUGGCAACCUCAUAGCUUUAAUUUUAUAGGUUUGUGAAUUUACUAACCACUAUUACGAGUUUUUGCAAUAUAAUUGAAAAUGAGCUAUUAAUCAAUAAACGAAUUGACUAAUUUGUAUAACAGAGCUCCAGAAAAUUUGCUUAGGUUACACGAAAGUGGUGCUAAGUUAAAGUGGUGUUUGAUUUAUUUGUGACUAACUGUACUUGAUAUUAUUAAUGUCUACAUAUUACUACUCUUUGUCAUACACAAAAUUUUAGUGCUAAUUAUAUUAAAGGCAAUCUGUUAAUAAUAAUACCAUAAAAGAUUAUGAUUAACAGAUUGCCUUUAAUGCUGAUAUUUGAGGAUUGUACCUAUUUAAACUUCUAUAAUCACAAAGUCUGUAAGUAGUUUAAAUAACUUAAUAUUAAUAUUUUCUAUUUUGUGCUAUAUUAAAGGAAGUAAAAUGAAUUGCUAGAAUUAAUUAAUUUAUUUUAUUUAUAAAUAUAAUAAUUUUUUGCAGUAUGUUAAUAUUGUAUUGAUUUUAAAUAUUUCAUUUUUGUUAUUUUUUAUGUCUUAAUAAAUAUUUUCUUUCUACA